AUGACCAAGUCCCUUGGAGCCUCAGCGCUCUUCACUCUCCUCACAGCCUUGGUGGCUACGAGCGUUCAGGCCAUCCCAAGAAUCACCCGCACAGGACGAUACCUUUAUGACGAAAGUGGGACUCGAUUCUACAUCAAGGGAAUCGCGUACCAGGAGCAAGGAGCCGUUGUCGCCUCUGAUGACAACCCCUUUGGCGAACCUUCCACCUUCAUCGACCCUCUCGCCUUGCCAGAUGCUUGCAGCCGUGAUCUACCUUUCCUCCAGGAGCUAGGUGUGAAUACCAUUCGUGUUUAUAGCGUCAACUCUUCCCUCAACCACGAUGCCUGCAUGAACGCCUUCAGCGCGGCCGGAAUCUAUACCAUCAUCGAUCUCGCUCUUCCUCUGAACGGCUCGAUUGACCGCCUUUCACCUUCCUGGUCGACCAACAUUCUGGACCAAUAUAUUCACACCAUCGACACCUUCAGCAAAUACGACAACGUUUUGGCAUACAACAUUGGUAACGAGGUGGUUGUUCAAGAGAGCACGCAAGUGGCGCCUUACGUCAAAGCCGCAGCCCGAGACACCAAGGCAUACCUGAAAUCGCAGGAUUCCUCGGCCCUCGUGGGUUACGCAGCAAUCAAUGGGGCUUCGAACUGGCGUGAACCUUUGGCUAACUACCUCUCGUGCGACCUGACUGGUAGCAACUCCGAUGCGACUGCCAUUGAUCUCUAUGGCCUUAAUGACUAUUCGUGGUGUGGAGACUCGAAUUUCCAAUCUUCUUACGCAGGAAUCACGAAUGCCUUCGCCAACUACAAUGUCGUCGCCUACCUGAGUGAAUUCGGUUGCAUCAGCUCGCCGCCUCGUCUCUGGACAGAAUCCGGCGCGUUGUUCGGCUCUGAUAUGAACACGGUAUGGUCUGGUGGAAUCGCAUUCUCUUACUUCCCCGCCCAGAGCGCUGCAGGACAAUUUGGCAUGGUCACCAUUUCUUCAGACAGCCGCACCGUUACUACCAGCGAUGAUUUCGACCGUCUGAGGACUCAGUACGGUCUCGUCACUUUCAUCAACUCUCCUUCCCAGUCUUCUGUUGCUGCGGCCACUUACCCCACUUGCCCUGCUUCUACUUCCACAUUCCUUGCAUCAUCCACUCUUCCUCCGACCCCGAAUGAGGCUGCGUGCAAUUGCCUUGAGAGCAGCUUAAGCUGCCGCUUCACUCCUGCUACAAGCAACUACACCACCGUCGUUGGCGAACUCCUCAACGUUGGAUGCAGUCUUCUAGGCCAAUCUGGAGGUUCUUGCACCGAAAUCGGUGGCAAUGGACAAACGGGUGUAUAUGGCCGUCUUUCAGGAUGCGACCCGACCAUCAAGCUCUCAUACGUCAUGAGUCAGUUCUACGAGGCCAACGACAGGAACCCUCAAUCGUGCAGCUUCGCGGGUAACGGCACUGUGAACCCUCUGGCACCGACCGGUUCUGCCAGCUCCGCUGCUAGUUCGUGCAUUGCCAAUCCCAGCGCCGUCUUCACUCCCUCCGCUGUUCCCACCACGGCCAAUUCUGGUGCUACUGGUGGUGCGACUACGACCGGUGGCUCCGGCACAAACACAGGUGCUGCAGCCAGCUUGAUCGACACUAACGCUCUGCUCGGCACGGGGCUGAUGGGCAUCAUCUCUGUCCUCGGUGCCAUCUGGACCUUGGCUUAG